AAAGAAAUAACGAAGCUAUGUGAUGCGAUGCGGUAGCGCCACGCCGCUUUACAGUUGACCUGAAAAAAAUCCCCACUGAGAUUUACGAAACCUUCUCCUUCUUCCUCCCUCACCUUCGAACAAUCAAUUCGAUCCAGACCUCCUCGAUUUCUCCCGUCCGAUCACCGAUCCGCGUUUUCUUUUUCUCUAUUUCGUCUCUGUUCUACAGAUUUUUUUGGAUCUUCUUCUUCCUCGUUCCAUCGUUUAAUCUGAUCCUCUCUUGACCGAAUCCAUAAUCAACCACAAAAAAUGGACGGAUUAGUGAUUGAGAAGAAGCCAAAGACUAAGAUUGUCUGCACUUUGGGGCCGGCAUCCAGGUCCGUGCCCAUGGUCGAGAAGCUUUUGAAGGCUGGGAUGAAUGUUGCUCGUUUCAACUUCUCUCAUGGAUCCCACGAGUAUCACCAGGAGACCCUUGACAAUCUCCGCGCUGCGAUGGAAAACACCGGUAUUCUCUGCGCCGUCAUGCUUGACACCAAGGGCCCGGAGAUUCGAACUGGAUUUCUGAAAGACGGAAAACCCAUCCAACUAACACAGGGACAGGAGAUAACUAUAUCUACCGACUACAGCUUGAAGGGUGAUGAGAAUAUGAUAUGUAUGAGCUACAAAAAGUUAGCUGAGGAUGUAAAGCCAGGGAGUGUAAUACUUUGUUCAGAUGGAACAAUCUCAUUUUCGGUUCUAUCUUGUGAUAAAGAAUCAGGUUUGGUACGAUGUCGCUGUGAGAACUCUGCAGUUCUUGGUGAAAGAAAAAAUGUUAACCUGCCUGGAGUUAUAGUGGAUCUCCCUACCCUAACAGAGAAAGAUAAGGAAGAUAUACUAGAAUGGGGGGUUCCUAAUAACAUUGAUAUGAUUGCUCUAUCUUUCGUUCGGAAAGGUUCUGAUCUUGUGGAGGUCCGGAAGUUGCUUGGAAAGCAUGCCAAGAGUAUUCUCCUCAUGUCUAAGGUUGAGAAUCAAGAAGGUGUGGCAAAUUUUGACGACAUACUAGCCAAUUCAGAUGCGUUUAUGGUGGCACGUGGUGACUUGGGAAUGGAAAUUCCGAUUGAGAAGAUAUUUCUGGCGCAGAAAGUGAUGAUAUACAAGUGCAACAUCCAGGGAAAACCUGUUGUCACAGCUACGCAGAUGUUGGAAUCGAUGAUUAAAUCUCCAAGACCAACUAGAGCCGAAGCCACCGACGUUGCGAAUGCUGUUCUCGAUGGAACCGAUUGCGUUAUGUUAAGUGGUGAAACAGCUGCCGGAGCAUAUCCUGAACUUGCUGUUAGAACAAUGGCAAAAAUAUGUGUUGAAGCUGAAAGCACCCUUAAUUAUGGAGAUGUCUUUAAAAGAAUUAUGGAACACUCCCCAGUUCCCAUGAGCCCAUUAGAAAGCCUUGCUUCUUCUGCUGUUAGGACUGCAAACUCUGCCAAGGCAGCUCUUAUCCUUGUCCUAACCAGAGGAGGAAGCACAGCAAAAUUGGUGGCCAAGUAUAGACCAGGAACACCCAUCUUGUCCGUGGUCGUCCCCGAGAUUAAGACAGAUUCAUUCGAUUGGUCGUGCAGCGAUGAAGCUCCAGCAAGGCAUAGCUUAAUCUUUCGUGGCUUGGUACCGGUUCUUAGCACAGCAUCGGCAAAGUCGUCUCAUGCCGAGACAACGGAAGAAGCAAUAGAGUUCGCUAUUCAGCAUGCUAAGUUGAAGGGCCUCUGCAAGAAUGGAGAUUCUGUCGUGGCGCUUCAUCGCGUUGGAACAGCAUCUGUGAUCAAGAUUUUGACUGUGAAGUAGGAAAAUCACGCUCUUGGAAGUUUAUUUUUUUGCCAUUUACCAAGAGCACAGGUUAAUUCGAAUAAUUGCUCUUGAUUUUCUUCAUUGUUUUUGGGUUCAUCGUUGAAACCACCUCUAUAACAUACACCUCUUGUGAUAAGCAUUUUUGGAAUGCUUCCAUAUUUCUUUUUAUGAUGUAGACACUGUCCAUUUACUGGAAACCAGACAGUUCAUUUGCUUUGAAAUAAUAAUGUUAUGUUCACCAAUCCAUUGGAGGCCAGGCC